CAUAGUGAGUAGUGAUCCUAAUUUGCUUAUUAUCAAAUUCUGUCGGUUUCUUUGAAUUCGCUUCCUUCUAAUCUUACAUCUACAAAGACACCAAACCAUGGCUCUGGAACUUGUUGCUGGACCUCUAAUGGAAGCUGUUUUCAGUGUGUUGCUUGAAAGGAUAGCUUCUUCUGAAAUUUUCAACUUCUUUAAGAAGAACAAAAGUGACAAGUUCCUCAAAAGGAUGAAGAUCAUCUUGUUGUCAGUCCAUGCUGUGCUCAAUGAUGCUGAAGAAAAGAAAAUUAGAAAUGAAGCAGUGAAGGAGUGGCUUGAGGAGCUUAAAGAUGUAGCCUUUGAUGCUGAUGACUUACUUGAUGAGAUCUACACUGUUGAGAAAGUCAAGGAAAAAGAGGUAAAUACAAUCCACCCCACUACUUCAAAUUUAUGUGGUAAGGAUCUUGAACAAAAGUUACAAGAUAUUGUUGAAAGAUUAGAGUUUAUUAUAAACCAGAAAGAAGUACUUGAUCUGAAGGUGGGUAAGGAAGUGAAAAUGGCACACAAGACACCAACCUCAUCAUUGGUAGAAGAAUGUGAUGUGUAUGGAAGGGAUAAUGAUAAAGAAAUCUUAGUUAACUUGCUAUUGACAAAUGAUGCUAAUGAUGAAAAAUUAGGUGUCAUUCCCAUUGUUGGGAUGGGGGGAAUUGGGAAAACCACCUUAGCUCAAGUAGUAUACAAUGAUCAUAGAAUACAGAAGGAAUUUGAUCUCGAAGCAUGGAUUUAUGUCUCUGAAGAAUUUGAUAUCUGCAAGAUCACAAAGAACCUUUUGGAGGUUGUCACAUCAUGUAAAUGUGAUAUUGAAGAUUUAAAUUCACUCCAGAGGAAUCUCAAAAUGCACUUGUUGAAGAAAAAGUUUUUAUUUGUGUUGGAUGAUGUUUGGAAUGAAAAUUAUGAUAAUUGGGACAAAUUCAGGACUCCAUUUAAACAUGCAGGAGCUCAUGGAAGUAAGAUUAUUGUAACUACACGAAGCGGGCAUGUUGCAUCCAUCAUGCAAACUCUUCCACCUUAUUAUCUCAGUGAAUUGUCCUAUGAAUACUGUUGGGAUUUGUUUUCAAAGCAUGCUUUUGAUUAUGGGGAUUCAAAUGUCCAUCAAAGUGUGGAAAAAGUUGGAAGAGAAAUAGUUAGGAAGUGCAAUGGAUUGCCUUUGGCUGUGAAGACACUUGCAGGACUUUUGAGGUCAAAAAGUGAAAGGCAAGAGUGGCAUAAAGUGUUGAACAGUGAGAUAUGGGAUCUGCAAGAUCAUGAGAGCAGUAUCCUUCCAGCUUUGAGAUUAAGUUACCAUUAUCUCCCUUCUCAUUUAAAGCGAUGUUUUGCUUAUUGCGCGAUUUUCCCAAAAGACUACGAAUUCGCAAAGGAGAACCUAAUUUUGCUGUGGAUGGCAGAAGGUUUGCUCCAACAAUCAAAAAGACAUGGAAGAAUUGAAGAAGCUGGGAACGAGUAUUUCUGUGAAUUAGUAUCAAGAUCAUUUUUCCAGCAAUCAAGACGCGACAAGUCAUGUUACCUAAUGCAUCAUCUUGUAAAUGACUUGGCUCAAUAUGUGUCUGGGGCAUUUUCUGUCCGAAUAGAAGGUAACAAUUCUAAUCAAGUUGAAGAAAGAACUCGCCAUUUGUCUCAUGUUAUUUCACAUAGUUCCUCAUAUGUAAACCUGAAAGAUGUUUCCAAAGCAAAUCGACUCCACACCUUUCUGCAAAUAAGAACAAUAGGUACUUCUAUCGACAUGUUCAACGACAUGCCAAAUGAUCUGUUGACAAAGUUAAGGUGCUUAAGGGAGUUAUCUUUGGUAGGUGCAUAUUUUUAUAGUUUACCUGAUUCAAUAGGUGAACUUAAACAUCUGCGCUAUCUCGAAGUUUCUGACACUGAGAUCAUGAGGUUACCUGAAUCAAUCUGCAGCUUGCACAAUUUACAAACUCUGAAGUUAGUUGGAUGUUACAAGCUCAGCGAACUGCCAACAGACAUUCACAAGCUUGUCAACUUGCGCUAUCUUGAUAUCAGAGACACAUGUUUGAAGUGGAUGCCAUUGCAAAUCAGUGAGUUAAAAAACCUCCAAGGGUUGAGUGACUUUUUUGUUGGAGAUGAUUAUGGAUCUUCAAUUGGUGAGCUGGGAGAGUUAUCUACUUUACAUGGUACCUUGUCCAUUCAUUACAUAGAACAUGUUGCUAAUUCUAAGGAAUCCGAGAAGGCAAAGUUGAAGGAAAAGCAUGGCCUUGAAAUGCUAUCCUUAGAUUGGGGUGGGUGUGGUGAUACUGAUGACUCUCAGCAUGAAAAAACCAUACUAGAUAGCCUGCUACCUCAUACUAAUUUGAAGAAACUUGCUAUCUAUGACUAUCCAGGCACAGAGUUUUCAGAUUGGUUGGGGGAUUACUCCUAUUGCAACUUGGUGUUCUUGCAGCUCAAGGGCUGUAAAUAUUGCUACAAAUUGCCUCCACUUGGACAACUUCCAAUGUUGAAAGAGCUUCAGAUUAUUAAAUUUGAAGGGCUAGUGAAUGUGGGGUCUGAGUUUUAUGGAAACAGAACUUGUGCAACGGAAAGCUUUCCAGCACUGGAAAUUCUAAGGAUUGAGUCUAUGACAGCAUUGGAGAAAUGGUGUUCUGGUGCUGACAUGGCAGGUAGCAGAGCAUUUUCUCAUCUUAGAGAGUUUUACAUUGAAGGGUGUCCCAAACUGAGAGGGGAUUUACCAAGAAACCUUCCAUCUUUGACAUUACUUGUAAUCAGAGAUUGCAAGCGUUUGCUUUGUUCACUUCCCAGAUCCCCAGCUUUGCGGGUGCUGAACAUUCAAAAUUGUGAGAAGCUAGAAUUCCCCAUGCAUGAAACUUGGUACCACCAAUCACUGACAUCUUUGUUCCUACUUGAUAGUUGUGACUCACUCAUGUUAUUGCCUUUGGAUCUCUUCCCCAACCUCAAGUCUCUAGAUAUUUGGAGAUGUAAGAAUCUGGAAGCACUUACUGUUUCUGCAUCAGAUUCAGAUGCAACUCCUCCAAAUUUGAAGUCCCUCCAUUCCCUUUGCAUAAGGCAUUGUCCAAAAUUCUUAUCAUUUCCUAAAGGAGGAUUUGCAGCUCCAAAUCUGACUUUAUUAACCAUAAGCUACUGUGAGAGGUUGAAUUCUCUUCCUGAAAAAAUGAAUGAGCUCAUGCCAAGCUUGAAAGAACUUCAACUGCGGGGCUGUCCACAGAUUGAGUCAUCUACUAUGAGGCCACUCAGGAUUCGGAUUUGCAACAAACUUAUGGAAGGGAAACAAAACCACUCUGAUCCUCUCUUUGCUAGGUUGGAGGGUCUGGCCUCUAUUCAUAGUCCCUCAUCAAGUUAAUGGGUUACUAGUUACUACACACCUCCAUGCAUUCAUGGUUGAAUAUUGAGGCUAUGUUUGGAUUAACAGAUAGAAUGCAACUUUGUCAAAUUAUUAUUCUGUUUAAUUCAAUAUUAGUGAACAAUAGAUUGAAUGCCUGCGAAUUCACAUUUUCAA